AUGUCAAGUACCCCGCUUCAUCCUGAAGUUCUCUGGGCACAACGAACUGACGUAAUAUACGUUACCAUAAACCUUUCUGAUGUCAAUGAACCCGAACUCGAAGUGACUAAGGAUAAAAUAUCUUUUAAAGGCAAAGGCGGCGCUGAGCAAAAAUUGUAUGCUUUUGAGUUGAAUCUUUACCAAGAGAUUAAUCCAGAGGCAUCCAAGCAAUCCCAAACGGGACGCAGUAUAUUCCUUGUUCUUGACAAGGCGGAACAUGGUCAAUCAUACUGGCCGCGUCUUACAAAGGAGAAGGUAAAAUUGCCGUACUUGAAGACUGAUUUCUCAAAAUGGAAAGAUGAAGAUGAGGAAGAGGGUGGUGACCAAGACGCUUUAGAACUUCCCGAAUUGGAAACUACCUCUGAUUCCACAAAGAUUAAUACAGAACCAGUGGCUGUCGAGAAGCAAGAGGCCAAAGAACCCGAGGGUGCUGAAAAGACUGAAAAGGCCGAAGAGGCUGAAAAGACGGAAAAUGAGGUCCAAAAUGAAAAAUAA